GAUUUUCACGCGAAAGACAAGACAAACACGUCUUCACUCAAAAUCCUUUUUUGGUCCAAGCAGCUGACUUCCACCAAGCAGCUGUGUACACCAUGCAGCGGCCGCUCUGGUGUUGCACGGCGCAUGUGGACGAGACCGAGGACCGCUGUGUCUCUGCCGCCUUCCAACCUUUGCCUCAUGUGGUCCUUUCUACAAAGUACGAACCACCUUGGCUCCAGAUUUCGAAAAACAUGAAGGACAUUCUGGAAAAGCAUGGUUGUUCGGUGUAUAACCCCAACACCGACAACGAGGACUUGGGCACAGCUGUUGAGAUUUCUGUAAUAAACAAGAAUGAACAAGAUACACGCAUGGGCCUGACGCUUGCAGGCAGCAAAUAAACAUGAAGCUGAUGCCCAAUGGCUCCGGACUUUCAAUCGACAUUUGGAGGUUGUGAAACAGACGAAAGGAUUUGUCCUGCAGAUUCAGCAGGGGGCAAAGCGGGAAAGAACCGAUAUGCAACUUGCAGAGGAAAAGCAGGCAGGAUGGCUUCAGGUACCUCGAAUCGGCAUCUAUGCCUUUGCCGAAGAGUUUCCUCUUGAGGGCACUGUGGUUGAGACUUCCUUGAUCAGAGCCAUUGACAUGGCCAAAGAGCAGUGGGACCAUGGAAUUGCGAAAGGGGUUAUGAUGUGCAGCGAAAUUUGGGAAACAGUGCAAUUCACGGUUGACGCGGUGGGCAGUGUCACGGGCCCAGCAAAGGUCAAGUUCCCAGAUGGUGCCACCAUGGAGGGCUAUUUCGUGCGUGGCCUGAAGCAUGGUUCAUGCAGGUACCAAUCGCGGGAUGGCCGCGUUGAAUUGGGCCUCUACUCUAUGGACGUUCCAAUUGUCGAAAUCCAUCGGAGCACAUCUGGAAACUUCUUCAAGUUCAAAGACGGAGAAGAAUUGGAGCAGAUCUCUCCUAAGGAGGCUGAAGAAAUACAGCAAGGCUACGUUUUACCGCCUUGGUGAAUGCCUGAGCGGAUGUGAUGGAGAGGUUGACCCUUUGCGAUGAAGAAUGAACGCUCACGAAAGCACGUUAUAGUUUUGUUUGAAGUUCUCAAGUUAAAUCUAGAAU